UAAAUGGCAGGACGAAAUCAUUCUUCUUUUAUUAGUAUUCCAAGAAUCAGUAGUAAAGCACCUAAUUCUCCCAAUAAGUCAUCUUUUCAAGACUGGGAUGAUAGCGACUCGGCAAAGGACCCGACUCAAGAUGUGGACUCUUUAGACGUGACACCUCUUACAGAUCGAACGGACGAGGAAGUAGCCGACGCCAAUUUCAAAUAUGCAAGUUUGCAAGAAGCUGCUGCCAAUUUUCGGUUGUUCAGUGACAAGAGAGAAGAAAUUGAAAAAAGUUUUCAGCGCUUAGUAGUUUCAGGAGGUGUUGAAGAAGAACUUUCAGAAAUAGAGCAGCAAGCUUGUCAGUUGCUAACGGAAGCCAUUCGUUUAAGAGAACAAUAUAUUCGGAAACCUUUGAAUCCUGAGUGGCAACAUCCGAAGCCUUGUAAAGUUACUGAGUAUACUAAUUUUGUUCCACCGCCAUAUGAUCCUUUUACGAAAGAUAUUCCUCCAGCUUCUUCUCAUUGUUUUUCUUGGAAGAGAGGAAUCUUACAUAUAUUUGCCAAUGCAGAAGAUUUAUCUUUGCGAAAAAUGUCUAUAUCAAGUAAGUCUGUGAAUAUUGUUGUUGUUGUUGUUGUACCAUCUUUUGAACAAUUUGGAACAGAUUUACAACGUUUGAUGACUAUUGUAAAUGAUCCAGAUUGUCGUUCUUUUUGUUACAAGCGUCUUAUGUUUCUAUCCACCAAAGACCAAAUGCAUCGAAUACUCAAUUCGGACAAGGAGCAAUUGGAAAAGAUGACAGUUCCUCAUCGAGACUUUUACAAUGUGAGAAAAGUGGAUACUCAUGUUCAUCAUUCAAGUUGUAUGAACCAAAAACAUCUGUUGAGGUUUAUCAAGUCUAAAUUGAAGAAGAAUCCUGAUGAACCUGUUCUUACCAAUCGAGAAGAUCCUUCCAAGCCCCCUCUUACAUUGAGAGAGGUUUUUGAUUCUCUACAUUUGACAGCGUAUGAUCUGUCGGUAGAUACUUUGGAUGUUCAUGCGGAUAAUUCUACUUUUCAUCGUUUUGAUCGAUUCAAUCUCAAAUAUUCUCCGUUUGGUCAUUCAAGGCUACGAGAAAUAUUUUUGAAAACGGAUAAUUAUAUUCAAGGCAAAUACUUGGCUGAGAUUACUCGCGAAGUGUUGGAAGACUUGAAAGAGAAUAAGUAUCAAAAUGCGGAAUAUCGAAUAUCCAUUUAUGGCAAAUCGUAUGACGAAUGGGAUCGAUUAGCUCAUUGGUUUGAGAAGAACAAGAUAUAUAGUGAUAAUGUUCGUUGGUUGAUACAAAUUCCUCGGUUAUUCAAUUUAUACAAAGAGAAUCGUAUUUUACAUCAUUUUCAAGAAAUGUUGGAGAAUAUAUUUACUCCUUUGAUUCAAGUCACCAUCGAUCCUAGUUCUCAUCCCAUCGUUGGAUUUGACUCUGUCGAUGAUGAAAGUGUCGUACAGCCACGUUUGAAUUGGAGUCGCAUAGGACCUCCUGUUCAGUGGACAUUUGAUGUGAAUCCUCCUUAUUCCUAUUAUUCUUAUUACAUUUAUGCCAAUUUGUAUGUCUUGAAUAAAUUACGUGAAGCUCGAGGAUUUUCUACCUUUUGUUAUCGUCCUCAUGCAGGUGAAGCAGGUGAUAUGGAACAUUUGGCAGUUUGUUUCUUAUUAGCAGAUGGCAUCAAUCAUGGCAUCAAAUUGAGAAAGAGUCCUCCUUUACAAUAUUUAUAUUAUCUUUGCCAAAUUGGUUUGGCAAUGUCUCCUUUGAGUAACAAUUUGUUAUUUAUGGAGUAUUUCCGUAAUCCGUUGCCUAUAUACUUUGCUCGUGGAUUGAAUGUUUCCAUAUCUUCUGAUGACCCUUUACAGUUUCAUUUUACCAAAGAACCUUUGAUGGAAGAAUACUCAGUAGCAGCACAAGUAUGGAAAUUUUCCAAUACUGAUUUAGCAGAAUUAGCUCGCAACUCUGUAUUGCAAAGUGGAUUUGAAGCUUGUGUCAAAGAACAGUGGAUUGGAAAGCAUUGGUAUAGACCAGGUGCUGCAGGAAAUGAUAUUCAAAAGACAGGAGUACCCAAUAUUCGUCUUCGUUAUCGCUUUGAAACUUUGAUGGAAGAACUGGCAUUGAUAUUUCGUCGUCAAGUGCCAACCCAUAUUCAUGUGUUACCCAAUUGGCAAAUGAGAUGGACAACAUAAUAACCAAAAACACAUAAAAUCAAUUAUUCAUCG